UCAUGCGCUGCGAUUGAGCACUGGUAAGCCCACGUCGGCAAUACGACCUGUCUCGUUCAUUAUGGGAGGGGCAGCCACAAAGAUCUGGCGAUUAGCCGCUUCCCCGGCUUCGAGCUUGAAUAUUUGAUUAUCCCACAAUAGACGCUGAUGAUCUGAUCGCAAUGCUGUCCAGCAUGAACCCCCGAAACAGCUCUAUGGCUUCCAACUCGCCAACGUCGUCAAGUCGCACGAACCCGCUGAGGUCUGUACGUUCCUUCCGAGUAGAGCGCUCCGCAUCUCCUGAGCCCACGACGCGGACGAAGAGGGCGAGCACCGUCGAGAAUGGCCACCCCCCUGCUGCGAGGUCGGCCCUGCGAACUGCAUCCGGGCCGCAGCUGCAGCCGGACGGCGAAGAUGAAGUGCCCAACACAUUCGUGAGCAGGAUCAGCGAAGAAACAAUAGAGCCGCCCAGAGCCUCGGUCGAGCUGGACGAUCUCCCCAUCGAGCUUAUCAGCCUGACGGACCGCUUCAUCGACUCGCUCUCGGCCAAGGUCCAUCCCAGUCCGCCAGACGUCGAGAAGCUGGCCCGCAUGUUCCAGGAGUUCUACGCCACCGCGUCCUCGCAUAUCCAGACGCAUGUCGAUGCGCUAGCCACCCGGCAGAGACGCGAAGAUGCGCCGCCGCUUUCUACCCGCACAUCGGCCGCCAGUAUUUUGCGCGCAAAGGCUGCCUCGCUCGGUACCAAGGAGAAAGCGAAGGCCACGUCGCCCGGGCGGGACUCGGAGCAGCAAUUGUUGACGGCUGAGGAGUACGCGAACAGAAAGAAGGCGAGAAGGGCACUGGAGGUGAAGAAGUCGCUCCUGGAGGAAGCCGUGGAGAGGAGGCUGUGCGAGGGCAUUUACAGCAAGAUCUACCGUCACCGCAGCACCCAGGACGAGGCGCAGGAUGCGAAGCUCAGAUCGAAGACGGCCGCUCUCGCCGUGGUCGGCAUUGGCCCAGCUGACCUCGGCGUCGAGCUCGGGACGGCCGACGACGACGAAGAGGCGGCCGCCAAAAAGCAGGAGGAAGUCAAGGAAUGGCUGGACCAAGCCAGGAAGGAACUUGUCCUGAUGAGCCAGUCCAGGUAUCCGUUGGGGAAGCUGAACCAUCUCAAAGCAGCCCACAAGAGUAUUAUCGACACCCUGUCGCACUUCCACCCGUCCUCCUCGGCCGACGAGCUCAUGCCCAUGCUCAUCUACACCCUCAUCACCCUUCCCCCGGAGAAUCUCAACGUCAUCAGCGACGUGAACUUCAUUCAGCGCUUUCGCUGGGAGCCCAAGCUCAUAGGCGAGGCGGCUUACUGCCUCACCACACUCGAGGCCACGAUCGCUUUCCUCGAAACCGUGGACCUUUCCACCCUCCGCGCCGACGAGACUCCGACUGGUCCGCUCAACAAAGGCCCCGGCUCGUCCCCGGCCUCAAAGGGCGAGACCUUCCCCCCGGCUUUCUCGCCCACUUCCCCCAGCCCUGCCACCGCCUCCUCCACCCUCAGCCCCAACCCAUCCGCAGCAGAGUCGGCAGCAGCCGCCAGCCUCAACGCAGCGCUGAAACAACAAUCCCAAACCUCAUCCCCAUCCCAAACUCCCACUCCCACUCCCACUCCCACCGGCUUCCGCGCGACCGUCAACGCCCAGUUCCGCAACCCGCCGCGCCGGCUAAGCGACCUGGUCCGCAACACGCCCACCCCCGCCCAGGCGCUCAACGCCGCCUCCGACGCCGUGCUCAACACGGCCGACCAGAGCCUGAAAACCAUCGGCACCUCCCUGGGCGACAGCUACAAGUUCUUCUUGGGGAAGCUGCGCGAGCGCGUGCCCGAGGUCCUGCUGAGCAAAGACGGAGAGGGCGGGAUUGUGGUGCCCAAGACGUUGGACGAGGCGCGGAAGUUGAUUGCGACUCCACCGCUGCUCCCUGCGGGUGGCCAGGAGGACGACGCGGUAUCGUCGCUCCGCAGUCCGAGUCCUCUCUCAGCUGCAGCGGCGGAGGAGAAUAGAGGUGGCACCGAGGAACGGCCGCCGCUGCUGAGUUUCAUCUCGGGGAGUGGGCGGAACAAGGCACAGCGGGAUCGCGAUCACAGCGCUGAUUCGGCGCGGAGUGCGGCGUCGUCUUCGACGAGGAGGGGAGGCAGUGAGCUGGAGAGGAAGCACCAACACCAACAGCAGCCGCAGGAAGGCCAAGCCGGUGGCUCAGGGUCGGGGUCAGGGUCGUCGCCUGUGGUGACCAGCCCGCCUAUUAUGGAUUCCAUGCGCAAUCUAGGGAACUCGCUGAAUCCCAUGGCCAGGCUGUCGGCGGGGAUUGCGGGCGGCUUCAGAGGGUUUGGCCGGUCGUCUGCCCCUACCCCUGCGCCGGCGAGGGCGCCCACGCCGCCGGCGAAGGAUGGUAGUGGGCCUGGACGGGAUGGCGGGGAUCUGACUACGGCCUUCUCCGACCUCGCGACCGCGCUCCCCCCGAGGGAAUACCCCAGGAUCAACCCGCCUAUCCAGCGGUUCAUGGAGAUGCAAAACGCAGCUGACCUGAAGCUUGGCGAGGUGUUCGACCUGCUGCGAGACUAUAAGCGGCUGGCGGGGGCGCUGAAGGAGAUGGAUGCUUUCAAGGAGUAGUUGAGUAGUUUACCAAGGUGCUAACUCCAUUUUUGAGUGUAUCAUUGGACUGGAAUAUGUGUUGCUUUGUUUUAGCUGGUCUGCCAUUCUCGGG